AAGAGGAGAGAUUCAAACAACCAGCAACCAUCGAAGCGAGACCAGAGUCUCCAGGUCACAGUCCACGGUCGAGAUACAGAAACAGAGCAACCCACUAUCGAACCUAUAGACAGGACAGUUGAAGUGAAAGGGGACUUUUUCUUUUCUUUUAUAACACUACGGGACUUGGUCAAAGACUAG